CAACGGAUGAAUUAUCCUCAAUGAAUUAUGGGACGUCGUACUGAACAAACUGAAAUUGAGAGUUUGUAUGCGGAAAGAAUUAUUCUUCUCCAACAGACCCAUGAUAUGUAAAUAAAGAGAGUUACGAUAGAUUGACGAUUGGUAUAAAACUUCACGUCCGAUAUGUAUACGUAGAUAUUUGGUGUGUUUUAUUUUGUUAGUUUAGAAUGCCUCUCUCUCUCUCUCCCCCUCCGUUCCUCUUCACUUUCUCCAUGCCAAGAGUUCAAGCUUAACAGCUAACCCUAAAAAUCUUAGCAAGAAUGUCUCUUUGUUUCGACCGAUACAAUCCCAUAAUUAAAUGGAACUCCACUCCCUCGUCUCAGUUCUCACCACUCACUCCCAAACCUUAAAAACACCAUUCCAACAAUCGAAAGAACUCUUCAAAGGGAAAUGAUGGAGCCAAUAAACAGGAUAUCCUCGAACUGGAGGACGAAAAAUUAAAUAAGGAUAUGAGAGUUGAUAAUAGUACUAAUGUUGUAAGGAAGAGAUGGAGUUGCACCAAAUCAGGAGAUUUUAUAAGCCCUGCUGGUUCAACUAGAUACCUGUUGAGUGAUAAAGCUUUCUUAGAUGUUUUAUCGGAUUUCGACCCGGCUCUUAAAUUGGUUCACGAUGAACCUUCCAAGUCUAAAGCUGAUAAAACAGAUGAAUCAUGUGAUGGAAAACCACCCUCUUUGUCUGAAUCUCCAGAACAGGUAGUUGUUCUUAGAGUACCUGUACACUGCAGAGGAUGUGAGAGGAAAAUGCGAAAACAUAUAUCUAGAAUGGAAGGUAUGCAUAUUUAUUUCUCUGUUCCACUAAACUUUUUUCUUCUUUUUGUUUUUGUGCGUGUGGGGGCUACGGGGCAUUUGAUUGUUUAAAGACAAUUCUAGAAUGUUUGGUAAGGUGAGCUGGAUAGCAAUAACAAAGAAAAAGAAACUAAACUCUUUUUAAUUGUAUAUACGAUUUAAUAUUGCAUACCAAACAUGUACUAAGUUUUUCUUGAAUCUUGAUUGCUAUUAAAACAAUAAUGCCCUUGCUACGGACAAGGCCUUAAUCUGUUAUUACUAUUGAAAGUGGACAAAUAUUAUUAUUAAUCUGUUAUCCACAAGUACUGGAUAACACACUUUCAAUAGUUGAAAUAGGGGUCCAACCAAGUUUAUCCGUGGAAUUCACAAGUACUACCAUUUUAUCUAUCAUUCAAUUCUAUCUAUUUAAACAUAAUUGUUUAUAAACACUUUUCCAACAAUGUACUUCUUACAAUGCAAGUAAAAAAUUAGCUAAAUAAUAGUAUACAUUAGCUCAUUAAAACAGUAUAUACCUUAAAAGUUUAUUAUUUUUAGUGAAUUUUGAUCAAAGUUGAAUGAAAU